AGCCUACCGCUACCGCUUAGCGCCUGCCGCCUGCGGAGCGGCGUGCUCAGGCUCGGGUGGGAUUAGUGGCACGGGCAGUUUUAUUUCGAGUUCUGUGAGGAGCGGGUGCGUUCACUCGCUAGCUAGCCCACACUUUAGCAGGAAUAAAGAAGAUGGCGAAGAAGAACGGAUUGGAAAUCGAAGCAGCCGUGGGGAAGUCGGAAGCCACCGAGUCAACCCCCCUCGUGCCCAAGGGUGGUGUCGACACAGGGGAUGGCGGUGGCUCCGGCAAGGGGGGCGGCCAGCGGGGCCUCUCUGUGAAGCAAACAGCUAUCCUGGUGGCCGGGGAAAUGGCCGGCAGCGGAGUCCUAGCGCUCCCCAGAGCUCUCGUCAAAACCGGAUGGGUCGGCAUCCCGAUCAUCAUUCUGAUGUGUAUCAUCGCAGCCUUUAGCGGCAAGCGCCUCGGCGACUGCUGGACCAUGGUUGAGAGCCGCAACCCAGACAUGCGGACCAGGAAACGAAACCCUUAUGCUAUUAUCGCUAAUGAAGCUUUGGGACCUAUUUGGAGUGUGGGCGUAUCCCUCGCCCUGGUGGUGACGCAGUUCGGUAUGUCGGUGGUGUACCUGCUGCUGGCGGCUCAGAUCAUUGAGCAGAUCUUCCUCUCGCUGAUGCCCAACGUCACCAUCUGCAUCUGGUAUCUAGUGGUGGCUGGGGCGGUCACUCCACUGCUGCUGUUUGGCACUCCUAGGGACUUCUCGUUACUAGGCUUCAUCGCGUUCAUAUCCACGGUAGUAGCCUGCGUGCUGUACUUCAUCCAAAUGAUGAACGACAUCAAGCCCUUCGUGUUCCGCUACGGCAUCCACGGCUUCACGGACUUCUUCCUGGCGUUCGGCACCAUCAUGUUCGCAUUUGGAGGGGCUUCCUCCUUCCCCACGAUUCAGAACGACAUGACUGACAGGUCCAAGUUCAACACUAGCCUGCAGUACAGCUUCCUGGCAAUCCUGGCCCUCUACCUGCCAAUCGCCAUCGCUGGUUACGCAGUAUACGGUGAAGCCGUGGCCCCCAACGUGGCCGCAUCUCUAUCAGCCACACCAUUAUCACUCGUGGGAAACGUGUUAAUGGCUGUCCAUUUACUGGCUGCUUUUAUUAUCCUGGUGAACCCAGUUUGCCAGGAGAUGGAAGAGCUGUACAGUGUACCUAAUGACUCCGUGGGCUACCGGACCCUGGUGCGCCUCUCCAUCAUCGCUGGGAUCCUGUUCAUCGGCGAGAGCAUCCCACGCUUCUACACCAUCCUGGCGCUGGUGGGCGGCACCACGGUGGCACUGCUGACCUUCGUGCUGCCUUCCUAUUGCUACCUGAGCCUGCUGAACAAGGGCCCGGGGGAGGGACAGGCACCUAUCACCGCCUCCGGCUGGACGAAGCUGUUCUGCUGGGAAGUCAUCACCGUGGGAGUGGUGGGUGGGAUCUUCGCCACCUACAGCGCUCUCAGCGCCAUCUUCAGCACCGCACAAGCGAUGCCGUGCUAUCUGCGAUAAAUGCACUUUUUGGGGUAAUUACGGAAAGUGGGGAGAAAAAAAACAAAAAUUCACAAAAAAUACAUUUUUGAGCUCAUUUUUUUGCAAUUAGCUCAGUCUUCCCAGCUGGGAAAAUCCAUUUGAGCUGAUUAGAUUGUUGUUGUAAUAAAAAAAUUAUUAAAAACGAUCCAGGUAGGAAUCACGAUUUUCCAAACAACCCUACAUUCGGAAUUACCCUGAAACAAUAUUUUGAGAGCAGUGCUGAUAAAAUUAUAUGAACACAAAGGGCAUAUAAGACACAAAAAAAUGUAAAAACUUAUUUUUUAUAACAGCCCUAAUACGAAUUUUACAGAGUUAAUGUACUCUGCUGUUUAUUUGUUUGUUUUUACUUUGCUAAUAGAUAUUUUAUUAUUAAGGUAUCCAAGAACCCAUCGUAAAUCUUGCAUUCUCUAUUGCGUUAACGUUUGCAUUUUUAUUUAAGAUAUUGAGAUCAAAUAAUAUUUAUACGAAAAGUUAAGAUUCAAUUAAAUAGGAUCUAAUACUAGGUACGAUAAGCUAACACUAUUUUGUAAUAAUAGAAGUAGUUAUUAAGGGGUUUUAGAGGGUAUUCCCUUACUACUUUCGAUCCGAUAGUUUUCAAGUGUACCUAAAUACAUUAGUUUUUAAUUUUAUGUUUUCUACCUUACUUUUAAUAAAGUCUUUUUAAUA